CAAUGACUUAGCAAAAAAACUCAGACCGCUGCUCACGGAACGGCUGCGGACGUGAGCAGCGGUCUAGUGAUUUAAUUACCUAAGUUAACCAGAGUUGUAAAACCGGUUUGCAGUUUUCGACUGCUCACUCAGAUGCGUGAAGACGUUGUAGCUGAGUAUUCACAGCUAUGCAUUUACUCGUAUGCAGAAACCGCCUAGCAAGGCGGGUAUUAGCACUCACGGACCGUCUUACAAACAACACGAAAGACUGGAUUAGAGGAUACGUCCACAACAGCUUCUGUGUACAUUUCCGCGCAAAGAACACCGCUAACCCGCUGCAGGCCUUCGUUAGAAAGAACUACUCUCAAAUGGCUGGUGGCCGGGGACUUGUCUUUAGACAGCUGUUUGAAUCGGAAAGCAGCACCUACACUUAUCUGUUGGCAGACCCUGAGACGAAGGAGGCUGUUCUCAUCGAUCCAGUACUAGAGACCAUGGGAAGAGAUUUAAAGCUAAUACAUGAGCUCGGACUAAAUCUCAAGGUGGCAGUUAACACCCACUGCCAUGCCGACCACAUCACAAGCACAGGGCUGAUGAAGAAACAAAUAGCUGGUCUGAAGAGCGCAAUCUCCAAAUUCAGUGGUGCAACUGCAGAUAUAUUACUGUCAGAGGGAGACGACAUCACCUUUGGAAAGCAUUGUCUGACAGUACGAGAGACACCAGGCCACACUGAUGGUUGUGUGACACUGGUGUUCGAUGAUGAGAGCAUGGCAUUUACUGGAGAUGCUGUCCUUAUCAGAGGCUGUGGGAGGACAGACUUUCAGCAGGGCUGUGCCAAGAGGCUUUAUGAGUCAAUCCAUCAGAAGAUCUUCACCCUGCCUGAUCACUGCCUCAUUUACCCUGCUCAUGACUACUUAGGUCAAACCGUUUCUACAGUCGGUGAGGAGCGUAAAUAUAACCCACGCUUGACCAAAAGCCUGGAAGAGUUUGUGAACAUAAUGAAGAACUUAAAUCUCCCUAAACCUUCAAAAAUCGAUAUAGCGGUCCCUGCCAAUAUUGUCUGUGGAUUGCAUCAAGUUUGAGUCAUCUGAAGAUGAGGACCCAACCCUUCCCUCUUUUUGGCCUUGUAGCUUUACUGAUCCUUUUCCAACUAUUGUAAAUCAUAAUCAGAUUCUUAUUUAGAUUUUAUAGGAAUUUUACCUUGCUUAAAAUUGUAAUGAAAUCCUGAUUUGUAUAUACAGACUAUAGAAAGUGAAUGUUCAAGCUUAAAUGACCAACGUUAAUAAAACAUGUUCAUGUUUACGGGCACCCAUCAUGA